GUGUUGCGUGGCAAAUUGCCCGCUGCUGCUGUGAAGACAUGGCGUUAACUUUGGCCGGUGCUGCAUCAGGUGGCGCUGUCCCCGAUGUGGCUGGUGCGAGCCAUCCGCCUCUUGAUGGUGGCCAUAUCACUGGCCAUGGCGGCGCAGCCUUGCGUUUGUAUGCUGGUAUGACCCAGCAGCAGGCAACGCAGUUUGAGGUGACGGGCCAAGUGGAGUCACCUGUCGGUCGUGGCGGCCAAGCGUACUGGGCGCUGAAGACAGGGAAAACUGCUGCGGCCCAAAGCGUCGUGAAUGGGAACCAGGGCCUGCAGCUGGAUGAUGUUGUGCUGAAGCCGGUCACGGUGACGCACGUGGGAGUUGUGAAGCUGGUCCAGAUGGGCUACCUGUACUGUGUGGACGCCAACCAAUGGCGCCUGUACGCGCCUUUGCGCACACCGGCGCCGCGUGACCACGAUGACAAUGUCUACUACGAGAUCCACCCGAGUGUGCAGCUGGAGUGUCACACGGUAUUGAUCCACGAACCAGUUUCGGUUCUCAUGCACCUGAUUGUCGUCGAGGAACGUGACAUGGAGUUUGCGCUGGUGCCUACUGAGUCUGGUGGCGAUGUCCCCGACGGUGCCAACGCAGAUCAUCAGCCGUUGCUGGGCGGUGAGCUGACUGGCCAUGGCGGCGCGGCGCUGCGUCUUUAUAUGGGCAUGACUCCGGAGCAGCAUGAGCAGUUCGAGAUCAUGGGACAAGUGGAAGCGCCCAAAGUGCGAUGUGGCCGCUACUGGCCUUUGAAGACAUCGGGAGGUGCGGCGGCGGCAAGUGUGGUGGAUGCGCAUCCUGAGCUCAUGGCUCGUGAUGUGGUGGUGAUUCCAGUAACAGUGACCCACCUUGGCUUGGUGCGGCUGUUGCAGAGUGGGCAUCUGUAUUGUGCGGAUGCGACACAGUGGCGUCUCUAUGGGGCCCUGCGCACGCCGAGCCCGCGAAACGAAGGUGGGCAUGUGUACUACGAGGUGCAUCCAAGUAGGCAGCUGAUGUGA